AUGCUGCUCGGUUAUCUCCUUGUCUCUCUCUGGGCGCUGCUCAUCUCGGCCGACUUCGACGUCUUCUUGGUGGUUAAAACACUGCCGAAAUUGGAUUCAAACCACCUCAGCUGGCAGAUCGUCGACCCCAAUCGACACGAAUGCCCCGAUCCCGCCCACACGCGCCUGUUCGACAGCAAGGGUGACGUCAGCGGCAACAAGCUCGGUAUUCGUUGCGAGCCUACAUACCCGCCUUUAGUUCACCCGUUGGGUCCCUGCCUCUGGUUUGAUACUUCUACACCCCGGGAUAUUACACUGUUCGAGAUGCACCUCUCAGAAAUGCCAAAGGUGCAUUACACCCUUUACAAAAACGGCAACUGGGAGAUGAUCGGCCUAUACGGUGAAUCGGCGGGCCACUGCGCACCCGCGCCGUGGCCGGCGCCUGUUGACCCGCCCAACUCUCAGUGUGGAGAUUAUGGGCUCUGGAGGAAGUUCCGGUGCUACACGUUCUACACGGCGGAUUAUAUCAAUAGCUAUGAGCGCGGUUGGCAUCCAUAG